AUGGUGACCCAUCCCGAGUCCAGGGAGCACAGCAGCCUCAGGAAGGUCUCCAAACCAUUGAUGGAGAAAAAGAGAAGAGCCAGGAUCAAUGUGUCCCUGGAACAGCUCAAAACCCUUUUGGAAAAGAAUUACUCCCAGAAUAUUAGAAAACGCAAGUUAGAAAAAGCAGACAUUCUAGAACUUACUGUGAAAUACCUGAAAACCCUGCAGAACUCUAUACAAGCAGGUUCUCCAGUCUUCAGUUCAGAAUAUCAAGCUGGAUUCAGAAACUGUCUGAGCAGUGUGAGCCAGUUCCUGCUAAAGUCUGAGGAGUGUGGUGGACACAUGGGACAACUCUCCCUGGUGAAGGACCAGCCCCUGGUCUUGCAGAUGACUUGUUUCAGCACCAAGGACAGCAACCACAUUUCCAACUCUGCCUCUCCUACUAGAUUCAUCUCCCACCAGAAGACCCCUGCAAAUGUGGCAUACACAAGGUUAUGGAGUCAUCAGCCCAAAAAAGUCAAGUCCCCAUGUCUUGAGCCAUCACCUCUCCCAGGCAGCACUGAGCAGCCAGCACUGUCCAUAACCCAUAGUCCUGUUAUUCUGAACCCCAGUGGCAGCAGAUGUCCAGUGCAGAAUGUGUGGAGACCCUGGUGA